AUGCUUCUACAGGAGAAACUAUCGCAUUACUUAGACCUAGUCGAGGCGCACUUAGUUAAAGAAAUCUCUUCCCGCUUCGACUCGUUCUUCGAAGCCCUGAAAAAACUGGAAGAUCUGAACCGUGGGAUCGUGGAGACGUGCGAUCGCAUCCGUCAGUUGCGCGGCACAAUGGGGAUGCUGGACGAGGACCUUCUGGAAGGAUCACGGAAGCUGCAGGCGACCAAGGUUCGGCGGGAGAAUCUGCUGCAGCCGCAUCAGAAGCUGAAGCUAGUGGCGUUCGUGCACCAGGCCAUGGCGACGCUGAAGCUGCCUCCCUUGCUGCCCCACACCCCACCACCCCCACUGUGCGUGCCGAUGCCUCGGCUGGUGUCAUCGGGGGACUGUGCGGGUGCGCUAGACGUGAUGGACGACCUCAGGCGCCUCAUGGACGGCCAGGAGCUGAUGGGUGCAACCCCGCCCUCUAACUCUUCUUUCCUGCCCCACACGCACCACCCCACCAUGCAUCAGCUGGUGUCGUCGGGCGACUGUGCGGGCGCAAUAGACGUGAUGGACGACCUGAGGUGCCUCAUGGAGAGGCAGGAGCUCAUGGGUGCAACCCUGCCCUCUAACUCCUUCCUGCCCCCCACGCACCACCCUACCGUCCAUCAGCUGGUGUCAUCGGGCGACUGUGCGGGCACGCUAGACGUGAUGGACGACUUAAGGCGCCUCAUGGAUGGGCAGGAGCUCGCAGGGCAGCACUGCUUCCGCCACCUCAACCACCUCCUGGUGUCCUCCUCCGAUGCCGUCAACAGUCUCCUAACAGCCGACUUUGUGAGGGAAGCCGUGCACGAUGCUGCUGACGUGGCGCCUUCCGCUAUAGUCACCAGCUUCAACCUCCAGAAGAGCGUACCCCCCGCUGAAACGCUGCUCGCUAUAGUCAACCUCGAGCGAGAAGAAGCUUUAGGCCGCCUGGGACGACCUUCCAUCACCUUGUUCCCCCCUGGCCCUUCACCCACUGUCUCCCACCCUUUCAUCCCCCACCAGUCCCGUCUGCCUGCAGUGCUGCGCGCGUAUCGAGAUGCAGUGAAUGCGGACAUCAAGGCAGCAGUGAAGACGGUGUCGCGCCUGCCGGCAGUGCUGCGGGCCGACAGAGACGCAGUGAAUGCGGACAUCAAAGCAGCAGUGAAAACAGUGGUGGGCGAGCUGCUGCCGCUGCUCUUCCUGCAGCACGCCGCCGCCGCUGCUGGCGGGGCCGCGGGUGGUGCAGGAGGAGAGAGGGGUGAGGCUGCAGCAGAUGCACUUAACGCGCCAUCUCUCGCCCUCAAGCUCCGUGCCCUUGCCCCGCCCGCCUUCGUCCACUUGCUGCUGGCCGUCUUCUCUGCCGUCCAGACCCGCCUCGUGACGGCGGCAGCCGUUCGGAACGUAGUGUCCAGCAUCGCCACUGCCGGAGCUGCUGCCGGUGCUGCAGCUGCCGCCGCCGAGCCUGCCGCAUCCCCCCAUCCUCUCAUCCCCCUGUCCUCUCAUCCCCCUGUCCUCUCAUCCCCCUGUCCUCUCAUCCCCCUGCCCUCUCAUCCCCCUGUCCUCUCAUCCCCCUGUCCUCCCAUCCCUCUGUCCUCUCAUCCCCCUGUCCUCCCAUCCCUCUGUCCUCUCAUCCCCCUGUCCUCUCGUCCCCCCAUCCUCUCAUCCCCCCGUCCUCUCAUCCUCCUGUCCUCUCAUCCCCCUUUCCUCUCAUCCCUCUCGUCCUCCUAUCCUCCUGUCCUUUCAUCCCUCUGUCCUCUCGUCCCCCUGUCCUCUCAUCCCUCUUUCCUCUCACCCCCCCGUCCUCUCACCCCCCCGUCUUCUCAUCCCCCCGUCCUCUUAUCCCCCUGUCCUCUCAUCCCCUUUUCCUCUCAUCCCACUGUCCUAUCAUCCCCCAUCCUCUCAUCCCCCUGUCCUAUCAUCCCCCCAUUCUCUCAUCCCCCUGUCCUAUCAUCCCCCCAUCCUCUCAUCCCCCUGUCCUCUCAUCCCUCUGUCCUCUCAUCCCCCUGUCCUCUCAUCCCUCUUUCCUCUCAUCCCCCCGUCCUCCUAUCCUCCUGUCCUUUCAUCCCUCUGUCCUCUCGUCCCCCUGUCCUCUCAUCCCUCUUUCCUCUCACCCCCCCGUCCUCUCACCCCCCCGUCUUCUCAUCCCCCCGUCCUCUUAUCCCCCUGUCCUCUCAUCCCUCUUUCCUCUCAUCCCUCUGUCCUCUCAUCCCCCUGUCCUCUCAUCCCUCUUUCCUCUCAUCCCCCCGUCCUCCUAUCCUCCUGUCCUUUCAUCCCUCUGUCCUCUUGUCCCCCUGUCCUCUCAUCCCUCUUUCCUCUCACCCCCCCGUCCUCUCACCCCCCCGUCUUCUCAUCCCCCCGUCCUCUUAUCCCCCUGUCCUCUCAUCCCUCUUUCCUCUCAUCCCACUGUCCUCAUCCCCCCGUCCUCUCAUCCCCCCGUCCUCUCAUCCCCUGUCCUCUCAUCCCUCUUUCCUCUCAUCCCCCCGUCCUCCUAUCCCCCUGUCCUCUCAUCCCUCUCCUCUCGUCCCCCUGUCCUCUCAUCCCUCUGUCCUCUCGUCCCCCUCCUCUCAUCCCCCUGUCCUCUCAUCCCCCCGUCCUCUCAUCCCCCUGUCCUCUCAUCCCUCUUUCCUCUCACCCCCCCGUCCUCUCAUCCCCCUGUCCUCUCAUCCCUCUUUCCUCUCAUCCCCCCGUCCUCCUAUCCUCCUGUCCUUUCAUCCCUCUGUCCUCUCGUCCCCCUGUCCUCUCAUCCCUCUUUCCUCUCACCCCCCCACCCUCUCACCCCCCCGUCUUCUCUUCCCCCCGUCCUCCUAUCCCCCUGUCCUCUCAUCCCCCUGUCCUCACCUCCCUCUGUCCUCUCAUCCCCCUGUCCUCUCAUCCCCCCCUCCUCUCAUCCCCCCGUCCUCUCAUCCCCCUGUCCUAUCAUCCCCCCAUCCUCUCAUCCCCCUGUCCUAUCAUCCCCCCAUCCUCUCAUCCCCCUGUCCUCUCAUCCCUCUGUCCUUUCAUCCCCCUGUCCUCUCAUCGCCACCGCACCUCCUUGCUCAACAGAGGACAAUGCACUGA